CAUGAAGUUGGUGUUCUCUCCUCUGACUAAUCUGUAUAUAUUAUUGAGUACCUGCUCAGCUCUACUUUAGUUCCCAAAGUGGUGGUAUUACGGCUGCAGCUGGUCUUCAUGUGGGAAAAGUUGCCCAGCGGCACAAACUAGGUACAGAAAAGGGACCCUUUAAGACUUCAGCAGCUGCAGAACCAAAUCCGCCUGGAAAAAGAAACCAGUCAGUGUUCUCAUCAGCAGCAAGUUGGUGUCUACCAGAGCCUGCCCUCAUCGCCAUCGUUCCCCCCUCCGCCUUCAUUCCAAGAACUCGAAUCCAGCCACUCCAUCGCUCCUCCUGGGCAAAUGAGCGUUCUCAACUCUCAUUCUGCUCCCGCCAUGCAGCCCUCCAGCUCCUUCAACUAUGCCCGUCCUAAGCAGUUCAUUGCCGCCCAGAACAUCAGCCCUGCGUCAAGCUACAUGACUCCUUCAUCUGGAUCUUCCACCUCCAGCCUCCCGUCCCCGAUGUCUCCCACUGCUUCUCAGAAACAGUUCGGCAGAACAUCCGUCCCCCCUUUCUCUCAGCCUUUUGCUCCUGAAGGGGAGUACCCCUGGUCUCCUUCUUCCCCUUCCCCUCCACCGCCACCUCCCCCUGUUUUUAGUCCAACGGCCACCUUUUCGGUGGCUGAUUCCUUCCCGCUGCCACCACCUCCUCCACCUCCUCUCCCAGCCUCUGUUCCAUCGCCCUCCCGCAGUCUUUCUCCCACGUCUAGGUUUUCCAGCUCCAGCCAGUCCCCAGCAGCCUUCCUUAGUUCCAUGCUGCCAUCUCAGCCGCCCCCUGUCGCAGUCAAUGCACUGGGACUUCCGAAAGGCGUCACACCUCCGGGAUUUCCAAAGAAAACAGGCAGGACUGCUAGGAUUGCAUCUGAUGAAGAAAUUCAGGGCACAAAAGAUGCAGUUAUCCAGGACUUGGAAAGAAAGCUUCGCUUCAAGGAAGACCUGUUGAACAAUGGUCAACCAAAGCUAACCUACGAGGAAAAGAUGGCUCGUCGACUGCUAGGGGCUGACAGUGCUGCAAGCGUCUUCAGUAUGCAGGAGCCAGAAGAAGACGUGGUGCUCCAGGAAAUUGGCUCUCUUGAUGCUUCUGUACUGACUCCUGUGGAUGUUCAAAAGGAAUACAAAGUCUCCAGCUUUGAGCAGAGGUUGAUCAGCGAGAUCGAAUUUCGUCUGGAGAGGACUCCUGUGGAAGAGUCAGAUGAUGAGGUGGAGCAUGGAGAAGAGCCCCUGGAUAAUAGCAUGGCACCAUAUUUUGAGAUAAAGCUGAAACAUUACAAAAUAUUUGAAGGAAUGCCAGUCACAUUUACCUGCAGAGUCUCUGGAAAUCCCAAGCCAAAGAUCUAUUGGUUCAAAGAUGGGAAGCAAAUCUCUAAACGGAGCGAGCACUACAAAAUGCAGAGAGAACCUGAUGGGACCUGCUCUCUCCACACCACAGCCUCCACCCUGGAUGAUGACGGGAAUUAUACUAUCAUGGCUGCCAACCCACAGGGCAGAGUAAGCUGUACAGGAAGGCUGAUGGUCCAAGCUGUCAACCAGAGAGGACGUAGUCCCCGAACACCACCUAGCCAGUCUCAUGUCAGAAGACCUCGAUCUCGAUCAAGGGACAGCGGAGAUGAAAACGAACCGAUCCAAGAACGCUUCUUCCGACCUCAUUUCCUGCAGGCCCCAGGAGACUUGAUAGUUCAAGAAGGAAAACUUUGCAGAAUGGACUGCAAGGUCAGCGGCUUACCAACUCCAGAUAUCAGCUGGCAAGUCAAUGGAAGAGUAAUACGUUCUGAUAGUUCUCACAAGAUGCUGGUUCGUGAAAAUGGUGUGCACUCUCUGAUUAUUGAGCCUGUCACAGCAAGGGACGCUGGCAUCUACACAUGUGUUGCCACCAAUCGAGCUGGUCAGAACACAUUCAGCUUGGAACUGAUCGUUGCAGCGAAGGAAGCGCACAAGCCACCUGUAUUUGUAGAGAAGCUACAAAACACCGGAGUAGCUGAGGGGUACCCUGUACGACUGGAAUGCCGAGUUUUAGGUGUGCCGCCCCCUCAGAUUUUCUGGAAGAAAGAGAACGAGUCACUUACAUACAACACGGACAGAGUGAGCAUGCAUCAGGAUAACCACGGUUACAUUUGCCUGCUUGUUCAGGGAGCCACAAAAGAAGAUGCUGGUUGGUACACUGUGUCAGCUAAGAAUGAGGCUGGGAUUGUGUCCUGCACAGCAAGGCUGGAUAUUUAUGCUCAAUGGCAACAACAGUCUCAGAUCACCAAGCCAAAGAAGGUGCGCCCCUCAGCUAGUCGAUAUGCCGCACUUUCUGACCAAGGACUAGACAUCAAAGCAGCGUUUCAGCCAGAAGCAAACCCAGUUCAUCUGACACUGCAAUCCAGACUGGUAGAAAGCGAUGAUCUGUAAACUUUAGCUGUUGGGUCUACCAAUUUCUUUCGAAGUGAAACACUGAAAGCCAUUGUCUUGACCAAUGAUAAUUUAUGCCACUUUAUGUGAAAGGUAGACACCUUUAAGUGCAAAGGAUAAAGAACACCAUAGCCACAUCUUUUUUGAUCAUUGUACCAAAUUGGAGUAGGUAGCAAUCAUUAAAUAGAUGUGUACAGUCCACACACCUGUGCGCACACAUACCACCUUCACAUUUUUU